UCGCGCAUCCCGCCGGGGGUCACCGGGCCCUCGCAGGCUGCGAUUGGACGCGCCGCUGCCAGGCACCCGCCAGAAACACAAACGCUUGUGCGAGUCGAGGGCUUUAGCUUUUCUACGUCCUCCCCUCCCCUCCGCACUCCACGCCGGGUCUCUCUCUGCAGCUGGCUUUGGCUCCUUAGGACGGCGUGAGAGUUCCCGAAAACCUCGCGUCGCCGCCGCUUCGCGCCGCUCCUGCCCCAGCCUCUGCGCCUUCGCCCGAGCCCGCCGCUCCCGCCAUGGGGCCAACGUGGGGCCCCUAAGAGUUGCCGCCUCUUAGCCGCGCGCUCCCUGGCGGGCCCGAGCCCCCGCGGGCGGGAUAUGGCUUAGGGCGCCAGAAGGGCCAGCCUAGAGGUGACGCGAAGGGGAAACGACGGCUCCCGGGGGUAAACGAGGCCAAACAAUGAGUUUCCAUAAGGAGGACGGAGUGAGCAGCCUGUGCCAGAAGGCGCUGCACAUCGUCACAGAGCUGUGCUUCGCGGGCCAGGUGGAGUGGGAGAAGUGCUCCAGCAUCUUCCCCCCGGACAGGGGCAGCCAGGGCGGCGGCAGCACAGACAUUUCAGUCAGCCUGUUAGCAGUCGUUGUCAGCUUUUGUGGCCUGGCCUUGUUGGUCGUCUCACUUUUUGUCUUCUGGAAGUUGUGCUGGCCUUGCUGGAAGAGCAAACCCCUGACUUCCAACGUCAGUACCCUCCCACCGAGCGUUUCAAGUGCUCCUACUGAAGUUUUUCAAGAGACUGAAGAGAAGAAAGAAGUUAAAGAAAAUGGAAAGCCAGCACUAAAAGCUAUUGAGCCCGCAAUAAAAAUCAGCCACACUUCCCCUGAUAUCCCAGCAGAAGUCCAGACUGCUUUAAAAGAACAUUUAAUUAAACAUGCACGUGUGCAGAGACAAACUACUGAGCCGACAUCUUCAUCCCGCUCUGAGGACGACAGGAAGGAAGAUGUCAAAGUCUGUGGGAAGCUUAACUUCACCCUCCAGUACGAUUAUGAAAAUGAACUUCUAGUUGUUAAAAUUAUCAAAGCCCUAGAUCUCCCUGCUAAAGACUUCGCAGGGACGUCUGACCCUUACGUGAAGAUGUAUCUUCUUCCAGACAGGAAAAAGAAAUUUCAGACCCGUGUGCACAGAAAGACUUUAAAUCCUCUAUUUGACGAAACUUUUCAGUUUCCCGUAGCAUAUGAUCAACUAAGCAACCGAAAACUACAUUUCAGUAUAUAUGAUUUUGACCGAUUUUCUAGACAUGACAUGAUUGGGGAAGCGAUUCUUGACAAUUUGUUCGAAGCCUCUGAUCUCUCCAGGGAAGCCACGAUGUGGAAAGAUAUCCAUUGUGCCACCACAGACAGUAUAGACCUGGGUGAAAUCAUGUUUUCCCUUUGUUAUUUGCCAACUGCUGGACGUAUGACAUUGACAGUCAUCAAGUGCAGAAAUCUGAAGGCCAUGGAUAUCACUGGUUCGUCAGAUCCUUAUGUCAAAGUGUCUCUGAUGUGUGAGGGUCGAAGAUUGAAAAAGAGAAAAACAACUACAAAGAAAAACACUCUGAACCCCGUGUACAAUGAGGCCAUUGUUUUCGACAUCCCUCCAGAGAACGUGGACCAGGUCAGCCUCUCCAUUGCAGUCAUGGAUUACGACAGGGUGGGACACAACGAGGUCAUAGGAGUGUGUAGAGCAGGACUGGACGCUGAGGGUCUUGGGCGAGACCACUGGAACGAGAUGCUGGCUUAUCACCGCAAGCCGAUAACACACUGGCAUCCCUUGCUGGAGUUACCUGGCCGGGCGACCAGUUUUGAUAGUCAAGGAUCCUGUUCAUCUCCCAAACCACCUUCCACACCGUAAUGCCUCCAAAAUAAGACCAUUAUAGUAAGGACGCAGGACCGUGUACUCAGCAGAUCAGAAAAGAGUGAGAGGUUUGAUUUCCUCAUUUAAAAUGUAUCCUGAUCAUGAACAAACUUCGUGCGCAACUUUCACUUUUUUUGUCUGCUUAUUAACUUUGGACAUCUUGGUGUAUUUUACUUGAAUAUUAAUGGUUCUUACUUACAUAAGGCAUUUUAUUCUUCGUGCCAUAAGCCUGUUAGCACAGAGUGUUUUAAUAAGUUGUAAAUUCUUUGCAUAAGCAAGGAAAUACAUUUUUUUCAAAAGAAUCCAUACUUACCUAAAAUUAAGUAUUGUUAAUGCUUCUGCUGCGUAAAGUAGCACAUGUCACAUGUGUACGGUUUGGACUUUGUUAAAACUAUGUUCAUUUCUAGUUGUGUACAUGGUUCUAUAUAAACUUUAAUGGAAACUUUGAACUUCACUCUCACAGUAUUAAACCCUUACAUAAUCAAAUUAAUAUUACUUGUCUGAUAAUACAUUCUUUCAUUCUCAGCAGAAUCUUUCCUUGGUGAGGUUUGGCUCUUGCUAAACUCAAAACUUUUUCUUUCAAGCUCACUCUUUAAGAUAGAGAGAAAAAUCUGUAAUUUAAAGGACGUUUUUGAGCAUAAAUUUAAGAGUAAUAUUUAAUAGCUGGAAAAUAGAGAUUGAGCCAUUUGGGUUAUUUUAUACUGUCUUAAAAUUGUAUUAGUUCAAAUAUCUAUAGCACUGUUUAACUGGUAUUUUAAAGAUUCUGUUACUCUGACACUCAAAUGUAGCAUUAGUAUUCUUAAGUGAAUAGAAUCAGAACUCGUAAGUGUUUGUAAGUUUCUCCAGUACUGUGACAUAUUUAUUUUGUGACACAAAGCUAUCACAUAGAUCCUGUAUUUCUGGGUAUAACAGACACCAAAGGUACAAUAAAUGUCUGUGCUCUUGUGUGGACUGUAUGCAGUAAUGGUGACUUUUAAACCCAAUCAGAAGCUAGCUAAUCCUUAGAAGAGGAUAUUUUCUUAAAGAAAGGAUGAGUUAUUUUUCAGCAAAUUAUAGAACUAUACCAUAAAUAAUACAACUUCAACAUUUAAUAAAAAUAAACAAAAACUCUGAAGGCCCUGACCCACUGUCUUUUUAUGAAAGGCAUUUGCUUUCAUGAGGGUCAAGGAUCAGACCACUAGUUGUAAAAACUAUGCAAAUAUUUUUACAUGACAGAACUUUCCUUUAAAUCAUGCCAAUCUUUCAUUGUCUCAUUGCUGGGCCCUAUUGGAAGGUAUCUAUAUUGAAUGAUCCCAACCUUACUUUUUAGUUCAGUGCCAUGGAUAGUGUAUCUUUCAAGCUUAUCUCAAGAUGGAAAGUUAAAGGAGUCCCCCCCAAGAAUCCCAAAAGGCAAGAAAAUCUGUAGUUAGAACAUAAAAACAUAGUCAUCUGCAUGAGAAAAUUUUAUCAGCAAUUACAGAAUUUUGAUUUUAGCAAAAUCUCCUAUUUCUAAAUAUUGGAAAAAAUAAAAAGUUUUAACAUUUUGU